UUUUCCUUCGUGCGGUGGUCGACGUCGAGCCGGUCCGAAAGUAACGGAAACUGCUGCAUGCCGUUGUUCUGUGCGAGGAAGAUAGUUUGUGUGUUGUUUGUUUUUAUUUUGUGGCGCUGUAUAAUUUUAAAUUAAUGAAAUCCUUUUAAAGCCUUUGAAUGGAUCCACCUUCGGACCAGUUGGUCAUUGCGUUGCACAUCUUGGACGCCAUCAACUUCCAUCGUCCGAAAAACAGCAGUCGAAUCGUCCUGAGCGCCUCGCUGGACCGGAACGUGCUGGAAACGGAAAGUCGUCAACCCGGCAUUGCUUCUACCAGCUUCGACAGCAAUCUGGUAUGGGAAACCGAUCGCCGGUCGGUCAAGCGGAUGAAAACCGAAAACCUACCCAUCAAGGUCGAGUGCUACGCGAUCGAUGGGGACCAGUCCGGGAAACGGUCCCAGAUUGGUCACUUGGUCUUGCCCCUGAGAUCGGUUCCGCUGCUUCCUUGGACCAAGGCAGAUAGCGUGAAACCCCGUUGGUUCCGAGUGAUUGGCCUGGCCUCGCCGGAAUGGAAAAGCCAGAAACCUGAGGUGCAGCUGGCCGUUGUCAUCACGGAUAAAGAGUAUCUGAAUCCAGCUCGGCGGAAGGGAACCGGACCCGAUGAUCCGGACAAGGAAUCCGAUCGGAGUUUGGUGAUUUUUACCAAUCCGGAACCGUCCCGACUGGGAUCUGGCGAGGGACUUCCGAUUCGAUUGCUGGAAGAACGGGGACUUCUUCAGGUGGGAUCCCACGAGCAGGAAUGUGACAUCUUCCUGGUGAAGAUUGUGCUGAAAUAUGCCAAAGCGCUGAGGAAGCUACUGCCGGAAGCAGGAAGUGAUGUUGGUAGCUUUCAGGCGCGAUACGAUCUGCUAGGGGAUAGCUAUCCGUGCUCAUUGGAGCGAAGACCGAAUGGGACGUUUGCCAUACAGGAGAAGAUCGUGAUCAACUUCAGGACGUCGCUUCAUUCGUUGAAGAGGUAUUUCCAGGAGGUGUUUCUCAUCCGGUUGGAGGUGUUGUGCGGAGGAACCGUGAUAGGUCGCUGCUAUUUCCGGUUUGGGGAUCUGAUUCAAGAUGAACCGUUGUCAGAUUUCCUCAAUCGACAACGCGAGAAUUCCACACAAGAGGUGGAAAAAUUCUAUCCCAUCGAGUUCGCAGCUUCCAAAUACGAAGAGAAACAUGACGAAGAUGAAGUUUCAGAUCGGUCUUCAACGGUACUUCCGGCUAUCAAAUGUAAAUUCAGUCUCAAAUACCUUUCUUCAGAUCGCAGCAAACCCGUACCGGAACCACCCGAUCGGGAGACAUUGAAACCUGUUUCGGAAAACGACCUCCCACUGGUGGAGAUCCCCGAGAUCCCUUCCGUUCCGUCGAUAAAUCUCAACCAAGUCCGUCAACUUCCGGUAGCACCCGCAGCAGCCCCACCGGAGAAAACCGACAUCGAAUCCAUCCUUCAGUGCGAGGACCGCGAUCUGCGGGACAUUCCGCGUACCUUCAGCUACAAUCUGCUGCUGCAAAGUGUGAAGUUCACUCACCGGCCCCCGCCUGGCCUCUGGCAACUGUCCCUGUACCAUCCCCGGGCGGACACUCCCUUCACCAAGGUGACCAUGGAGCUGGACUCAAUCGAAUCGGAAACGGUGGAAUUCCCUCAGCUGCUGCUGCAGUUGUACUUCUCGUCGCUUCCGGAUCGGGUUCUUACUACGAUUACGGCCGAAUGUUCCAAGCUGAGCGUGCACGGUCCUCACGGGCUGUUCGGCUUUGCCCGGCUGGACAACCAGAGUCUGGUGGUCGGAACCAAGGAGAAACAAGCCGGCGUGUUGAUUCUGGAGAAUCAAACCGGCGAAAGCGUCGGAAUGGCUACGGUGUUCAGCUUUCUGGACGAGGUGGGGAUCAAUUUUAACAGUCGGAUUCCGAUGGGGGGACCGGAAGUUGUCGGGCCGGAGCAAGGAGGGAGGGGUCAGUUGGACGAUCAGCUGUCGUACAAAAUGCUGGAGGAGCUGCAGCAGUGGAUGAUGCAGCAGCGGGAGCAGUUCUUGGCCGAACUGAAGCAGAAGGAGGUGGCACAUCUGACACGGCUGACCACAGACUGGAAGCGGAAGCAAGCAAAGGAAAAAGAGUUUCAGGAACUGUCACAACGCUUGGAGCACGCAUCCGCUCUGACGGCUGCCCUCGAGGAAACGAAAAAGAAUCUCGCUAUCCAAAGCGCAGAACGAGUCAACCAGGACAAAUCGCUGGAGGACCUUCGCAUUACACUCGAAAAAUCUCAUCAGCAACAACUGGCCGAUAUUCGGGAGAAAACAUCUCGCCUGGAAGAGGAGCUCAAUCAUCGCACAAAACUGCAAAAACUACGCUGCCAGGAGCUGGAGGAACGCAACGAUUCGCUGGUACGGGAUAAUGAUGUUCUGAGAAGAGCUAACGAACAGUUGGAGCAUCGGCUUUGCGAAACGAAGAAGGAACUCCAAGAAUGCGUUUGUCAGCGCAACGAACUCGAACAACGACUGCAGGAGAUGGAGAAAUCGAAGCUAUUCUACAAGCAGCAGUGGGCCAAAAUGAUUCGCGAGAUGCACAAAAUGAAGCUGGAUGAUGAAGAGAAGUUGGGUGAUUUGAUCAAAGGAAAGGACGAGAGUAAACCACGCAAGAAGAGUUCUUGGUGGGACGAUGAGACUACAAAGGUUGGCACGUGCAGCGCCGCGAAGGAACAGCAAGAAUUGGACACUGUUCAUGGAUUGCUGUUUGACGAACGGUGGAAGCAUCAGCAUUCGCAGCAUCAUCAUCCCCAUCAAUGUUGUGCGAAAGAGUGGAAUGCAUGACGUGCGCUGGUCUGAACUGCCGAAAUUGUAUAAAGACUGUUAUUUAUUUUAGAAGUAAUCUAUUUGUGGAGUUUUUCAGAGUUUUUAUUUUUCAAAAACUUCAAUAAAAAACUUAUAUGUAAAAUAACGUUUGAGCUGUUGAGUUCAGUCUCUUUUUUUAGUAAUUCACCAAUAUCAUACUAAAAUUGGUCAUGGCGUCUGUCAUUGAUCCAGUGCAACAGUACAAUAUGGACGAUUCUAUGUAUGUGGCCGUAAUCAUUCUUUUGGCAAUGGACUUAUGUGGCAACUGUUUGUACAGAAUCAUAUAUGGCCUUCUAAAUAUAUCUUUUAGCUAUAUUCCCAAAUCCUCUCUGGAGCCACCAUAGGUGUUACUUCGGGGAUACAGUCAACACAUACUCAAACUCAUGUCGAAUAGUCGAUCUAUCGGUUAGCUACCUGCUACCCCGCAGUCAGCAGCAGUUUCUGCAACAUAUUGGUAAUUGCUGUCUCCGAUUUUCAAAUCUUAUCAACUAAUUUUGGGCUCGUCCAUAAACCAAGCAGAUGAAAUUCUGCGGUCCCUAAUCCUCUUUGGAGGCACCAUACGGUAUUCCUUCGGGGGAGAUAUAUCUAUAGCCAACACUUAUUCAUCUCAAUUUAGUUGCUUACCCGUUAGCUACCUGCUGUUCCGCUAGUCAUCCGCGCUGAAAUUCCUGAAAUAUGUGGGUAAUAGCCGUCGGCGCAAUAGGCCAUUUGCCGAAUUUCAGCGUUCACAUCUUCUCAGCUAAGUUUGGGUGCAUUUAUACACGACGAAGGCCAAAAAGAGACACUUUUAAACUCUGCUCCCUUCUCUUCUGUAUCCAGUUAUCGGAAUCUACCACCCGCAAGAGUCGGGUUGCAUGGAGUCAUACGUCCUCUACGGUUGCAAUCGAUCCGCGUUUCACAACUUUUGGUUGCAACACAGCAGUAACUGCUUGAGGCCGAAUAGUUCCACGUAGGUCCUCCGCUGACCUUCUGGAGCACUGAUGUAGAUAGUUUACUUCAGGACUUCAUGAAGCAAGAUGAUCUUCACGAUAUUCACCGAUCACCGGACCAUACGUUUCUUCGUAGUCCAGUUCCGGUUUCUGCUAGAAUCCUUUCGCGAUUCUCUGAAGCUAGCCUUCUGAUACUAAAUGGCUCGCACCCAGUCCUUCUGGCUGCGUCACGAUCCAGGGCCUUCUGGUAGGUUUCAGGAACACCUAGUUGGGAGGCAAAUGCGACAGAGAUCGUUUGGAAACGAGUGAAAAGGCAACUUACCACCCGAUCACUUACACUUCCGUUCGUUCCACCUUGACGAUUCGCUCUGGACACCGCUUAUCUAUGUUUUCGAAGGGCGCCGGGGGUAGAAGGUGUAGCUGAAUUGCGUCCUUCCGGUUCGUCUAAUUCAUCAAUAGCCUGCUUAGAGACCGCCCGCUUCCCCGGUGGAUCUACAUUCACUACAGGAUCUGGCACCGGCUCAUCUUCUUUCUCUCGCUCGUACAAUGGAUGAAUUCCUGACCAAAUCCGCGGAAGAACUCCUAAAGAAAUUCUU